UUGUUCAACUGAAAAUAGUAUACAUAAAGUGAACGAGUUAUGUACUGUGCGGGUGGAGCUUAAACCUACGGCCUCCUGAAGUACCUUGUGCUGAGACUAGGGUUUCUCGUGAGUUUAGCUCCAUUCGCACAGCACAUAACUAACUCACUUCAAGUUUAGUUACAAUUGAUAAGGAGUUUUACCAAUUUUGCAUGGAAAAUUUUUCAUGAACAGAUGAAAUGCUCUUGUUGCCCUGUUGUUCAAAUGCGGGUGCGCAAUUCAAUCAUCCUGACAGCAAAGCAAAUUAAAAUGUAUCCUUUUGUAUAGUGAGAUUUUAAUUUGUGUAACCAGUUUUAAUUUGUUUAAAUGUUGAUCAAUUAAAUUGCAAUAAUUGAGCAAUAGGUUAAAGUGUCAAACCUGAAGAAUGGGUGGGGGCAGUGGGUCCAAGUCGCGUCACAAGGGGUCGUCAGCCACCAAACAGCCCUAUGUGGCAUCCAAAACGCCAGAGGAUCGCUCAAUCUUGGACGAUAUAGAGGGAACUGGGCGAAAGAAGAAGACACUUCCACCCACCGUCAACAGAACUGCCAAUGACGACGACGCUGAUUGUGACGACUUUAUUCGUGAUCCGUACUGGUCGCCGACCCCAUAUUCUGCUUUCAAACUACUCAUUUCGGCUAGAUUUGCGGCAGGUUUAUGGACAACUAUUUCGGAUUGUGACGAGACAUAUAAUUACUGGGAACCGGCACACUAUCUUUUGUAUGGGAAAGGGUUUCAAACUUGGGAAUAUUCACCGGUCUAUGCACUUCGAUCCUACACCUACAUCUUAUUCCAUGCGGUCCCGGCAAAAAUCUACGACUACGUUUUAAGGCCGACACCACUGCUUAUCUUCUUCUUUGUGAGAUGUUUCCUCGCAUUUAUUUGUGCCUGUGCUGAGGCAUACUUGUAUCGAUCUGUGCGGAAAAAGUUUGGAGGAAAUGUCGCCAGAAUCACGCUAGUCACUGCAUUGUUCUCGGCUGGAAUGUUCAUCUCGUCCUGUGCGUUUUUACCAUCCGCAUUUUCGAUGUACAUGACGGCCUUUGCGUUUGGAGCAUGGUUGGAUGGGCUGGAUGAAUUGGCAAUAUUUUCAGUAGCCUUGUCUGGAUUAUUGAGCUGGCCUUUUGCGGCUUUGACUGGUGUCAUAAUAGCAGUGGACAUUUUGUUGAUUAGAAGAAAACUCUUGCUGUUCAUUAAGUGGUCAGUCGUAUCAUUGUUGGUCAUUCUGAUCCCAGUAAUAGUUUUGGAUUCAAACAUGUACGGAAAACCUGUGAUUGCACCUUGGAACAUUGUCAAGUACAAUAUUUUGUCAAACAAAGGGCCAGAACUGUACGGAACGGAGCCCUGGUCUUUUUACUUUACGAAUGGGACACUCAACUUUAAUCUUGUAUUCGCAUCCGCCUUAAUAUCUCCAUUCCUCAUGUUGGCCAAUUAUAAAAUGGAGUCAAAUUUGAUGAAAAAGAUGGGAAUUGUUGGAACUAUCUACGUGUGGUUGUUGGUCUUUGUUCUGCAGCCGCAUAAGGAGGAACGGUUCAUUUUCCCAGUAUUCGCCCUUAUUCCGGUCGCAGGUGCUCUUGGAAUUGAUGCCAUGCAAAAAAUUGCUGAUCUCGUCUGUUCUAAAAUUUUCCUCUGGUGGAUCCAAAGAGUAAAAGACAUUAAAAAAGUUAAGGUCUUCGACUACAGAAAAAUUGUAUCAUCCAUUGGCGUCGCUGCUAUUCUGACUUCAAGUGUGAUUGGGAGUUCAAGAAUUCUUGCACUGUAUUACGGAUAUCGAGCCCCAUUCGACGUUUAUUUCGCUUUCAAUCGCGACGCUUCAACACAACGAGCCCUCGCCACCGGCAAAAAUUACACCGUCUGCUACGGAAAAGAGUGGUACAGAUUUCCAAGCUCAUUCUUUCUCCCCAGUUUGGCAUGGGAUGUACGAUUCAUCGAGUCAGACUUUAAAGGACAAUUACCAGACUUGUAUUCACCCUUCGAUCCGGCUGGCACGAAAAGAAUACCGGAACAUAUGAACGACUGGAACAGAGAGGAGCCGACUCGAUAUGUCAACAUAAGCGAUUGCGACUAUCUCGUCGAUCUCAUCGAUCCGGACAGAUUCUCAGCUAAAGAACCAAACUAUGCCGCAAAUACUGCCGACUGGAGAAUUUUAGCAGAACAGGAUUUUCUCAAUUCUGCAAAAUCACAUCAAUUUUUUCGUGCAUUUUACGUUCCCUGGUUUUCCUCUCAAUACACGACCUACGAUUCUUACGUCUUUAUGAAACGAGUCAGAAAGAAGAACGCCCGGCAGAAAAAAAGAGGAAAGGAAUUUACCGAAGACGAUAUUUGAAGAAUCAAUCGUAAUAAAUGAAACUAUAACAGCAACUUCAGCGUUCCACCAACCAAUAAUAAUUAGAUGGAUAUAUUUAGGCAAAAUUAGUCAAUUGUCAUGUGUUAGCCUUAGUCAAAGAAAAAUGACCAGGUCAAGAUUUUGCAUUUUUUCCUGAUUCGUCUCAACUUGUCAUAGAGUAUGCGUGGUGGGAAGCCACCACCACACAUACUCUUCCCACUGGAAACCACUAAAAACAUAAACAAUGCCAGAUGAGAUUUGCAGUUUUUUGCAAAAAAUUCAAAAUUCCCACCGAAACUUGUGAACUUUUUACCCCACCGAGUUCAUCAGUUUCGCCACUAUGUGAUUUAUGAGGAUUGGUUUAACAUAAAAUAUAGUCAACUCUUAAGCAAAGGCGUGCUUUAGCAUGUACAUAAAGUAAAUAUGCAAAUAGUGAGUGAUAAUAUUUAUGGUUGUGUCCAUACGUUUACAGUUGUGGCGUAGUUUAUUAAUUAAUAGUUAUUUAUUUAUGAUGAUGAUGAAUAAUGCCGCAAUAAAUCAGGCACCCAGAGUGCAACGAUAUGCAUAUGAAAUCAAAUGAAAUAGGAUACCAAUAAGACAUGAAAAAUCACUCGGUUGUUAAAUUUUCUAAGUGAGUGUUUCUUUAAUUCGUAGUAAAGACUUUAGAAGAAGACUUUACAUGGUAAAAACAAUUUAGAAGAUGGAUAAUAAAAAUCCGGGGGCGGUCCAGUCAA